AUGCAGGCCGUCGUCGAAGCCACCGAGCUCACGGAGCAACGACCUCCCACCUCCAGCCCCAAGUCAGAGUACGAUCCGUGCCGCAACGCCAAAAUCACCUCGCCAUUUUACCUUUACAAGCACGACUCUCCUCGCCCCUCAUUCGACGCUGAAAAGCCAUUCCCUCAGGUUGCCGUCCACGACGUCGAGGCCAAUGCAGUCGAUCUGUCCCCCACAAUCACGCAGGAGAAGCAAGAUGCACAGACCAGGGCAAUCGGAAGAUUGAAGUUUUGGGACAGAAGGGCACAGUGCAUGACAAAACCAAAGCCUCGAGGCUCCGGAUGGCUGGCACAAUUACCUCCACGACAGAGAUUGCUGAUCAGAAUCCUGAUCGCCUUGGUCGUUGUUGGCGCCAUGGUUGGCAUUGCGGUUGGAAUCAGUAUCCGAGUCCAUGGAGGAGUCUACAAGAACAACAACUCCACUACAUCCAUUGGAUGA